GUUCUUACUCACAACAUGCUACUUUUUUAUCCUCAGCUUCCUAGUAGUAGCUAUAGGUAGCUAGUAGCCACCCAAUUAACUUAACUUCCUCUAUAAAUACAACCUAUCUUCACUAUUCUUUUCCAUUACUCACACUCACACAAAUUAGUUUAGUUUCAACAUUCUUUUCCAUUACUCACACUCACACAAAUUAGUUUAGUUUCAACAUGAAGAGGCAAAGAGGUGCAAGUGUGAAUAGUCUUAACAACCUCAAAAAUCCUCCCAAUGUUGAAGAUGUGGCAGCAACAAUGGAGAAGAAAAAAGGAAAGAAAGAGGAGCAUGAUGAACAAAAAGUGAGCAUGUUGUUGGAAGAGAAGAAGGAAAUCAAAGAUAUGUGUGAGGAAACAACAACAAUAAGGGAGGGUGUGAUUAGUAGUAAUGUGAUGAGUUGGAAUAAUAGGGAAGAGUAUAUGCCAUCAUGGUUGGGAGGUAGUAGUAUUGUGGAUGAACAAAUGUCAUGGGGUUCAACUUGGUUCCCUGGUUGGGAUAUGGAUUUCAUGAUGGGUGAAGCUUUUAAUUCUCUCUAUAGUGAUGUUGUUUGGGAUGAUGAUAUUUGGAAUCUCAAAAAUGAAAUUCCAAUACCAUUACAUGGAAAAAAGUUUGAGCUUGAGUAGAUGGAUGCAUGGUUUUAAUGAUUAGUUCACCCUGCAACGACCAAAAUCGGAAAACCUUGGAGGGAAGUAAGCAUUAGAACAACAUGUUUUCAUGUUUUCAGCUUAGUUAAGAAAGAAGUUUCACAAUUUUCAUGUUAAUUUUAUGUAUAUGUGUGAACUUUAACUAGUUGUUUUCAAUGUUAAAUAACAAACUCAUCAAUGAUGCUCUCUAA